AUCCAUAGGAGCGAGCAGAAUCAGUCUGAAUGUAGAGGAUUCAUUUAAGUGAGGGGUUUCAAAUUGUAUGGCGUUUCUUCCAUCCCCUCCAAUGGCAGUUGCGUUUCGCCUUAAGAUCGGUAUUCUGUUGGGGCUGCUGUUCAGACAGGCUCAGUCAGCUCGAUUAUACACUGAAGAGGAUCCAGUGGUUAUACUGAGCAGCGACAGCCUGAAGCAGACCGUGUUCAACUCCUCCAGCGCCUGGCUGCUUCAGUUCUACUCGUCGUGGUGCGGCCACUGUAUCCAGUACUCGCCUACAUGGAAAGCACUGGCAGGCGACGUGAAGGACUGGGCACAGGCCAUUCGUAUAGGCGUUCUGGAUUGUGCUCAUGAGAAGAACUUUGACAUCUGUAAGGAGUUUGGAAUCCACUUCUACCCCACCUUCAGGUAUAUUAAGGCACAUGACACCACUAAUGAUUAUGGGAAGACAUAUCAUGGGGCUGACAGAGAGCUUCAGACAGUGAGGCAGUUGAUGGUGAACUUCCUCCAAAACCACACAAAGCAAGACUGGCCUGUGGGCUGCCCUCCCCUUGACCCUGCCAGGUCUGAGGACAUCCUGUCCUUAAUGGGGAAGAAAACGGAGUUCUAUACUGCAGUUAUAGUUGAGGACAAAGACUCUUAUAUAGGAAGAGAGGUAAUUUUGGACCUAUUGCCAUAUGAGGGUUUGGCAGUGAAGAGAACGCUGAGCUCAGACAAACUUCUAAUGGAGGAACUAGGAAUUACUUCAGUUCCCUCAGUGUACCUCUUCCAUCCCAACGGCACACACACUAUCAUGAAUGUUCAGAAGAGGCUACGCUUUUUCUUCUCCUCCUUCCUAAAACUCCUCCCUGGAGUACACAGGAAACAGUCCACCUCAUCCCUGCAGCGUCCUCAGCCUGGGAAUAAUGGACAGGGAACCCAGGUGGAGUGGAAAGUGUUUGAAAAGUCUAAGGUUUACAUGGCAGAUCUGGAAUCUGGCUUACAUUAUUUACUGAGGGUUGAACUGGCCACACACAAGACCUUAGAAGGAGAAGAACUAAAAACUUUCAAGGACUUUGUAACAGUUGUCGCCAAGCUAUUCCCAGGUCGCCAAUCUGUGGUGAAACUUCUUGAGACGUUGCUGGAAUGGCUAGUCAGUUUACCUUUGGAGAAGAUCCCCUACGAUGCUAUCCUGGACUUAGUUAACAACAAGAUGAGGAUCUCAGGGCUGUACCUAGGUGAGCAAGUGCAGUGGGUUGGAUGCCAGGGUAGUAGUGUGGCACUAAGAGGAUAUCCCUGCUCCCUCUGGACUCUGUUUCACGUUCUGACUGUGCAAGCUGCCAACCGACCUGAUGCUCUAGCUAACACUGGGUUUGAGGAUGAUCCCUUGGCAGUGCUUCAAACCAUGCGUCGCUACAUUGGGACCUUCUUUGGGUGCCAGGAGUGUGGGAAGCAUUUUGAGGAAAUGGCUCAGGAAUCUGUGAACCAGGUCAAGACUGUUGAUGAGGCUGUGCUGUGGCUGUGGAGAAAACACAACCAGGUUAACGCAAGACUGGCAGGUUCAAUGAGCGAGGACCCCAUGUUUCCUAAGACGCAGUGGCCGACUCCUGAUCUCUGUCCCACAUGCCAUGAGGAGCAAGAAGGCCUUCACGUCUGGAACGAACAGAUGGUGCUCGCUUUCCUCAAACAACACUACGGCGCUUCAAACAUCUCCCUAAAAUACUCCAGCAACAGCCAACCAGAGCCAGGCCCUCCUGCUCCCGACAAACCCAAAGCCAUAACCAAACCUAACAGCAACAGUCACCUCAACCAGAACCUAAAGCCAUCUCCUGAUAGCGUUCCAAAACAUCAGAAGAGGACAGAAAUCAGUGGUGCGGGAGAGAAGCUCACCGGUGUCCAGAUAGAAGCCAGGCCAGGGAUGACAUUCCUGGGUCUGGGAUUCUCCAGCCUGGACAUGAGUCUCUGUGUGCUGCUCUACACCCUCUCCUGUGUCUUCCUCAUGUUCAUGUUUUUCUUCUUCCGCUUUCGCUCAAAGAGAUGGAAAGCCAGAAACUACCGGCCUUACGUAUAGCAGCGGAAUGCUGAGAUGGAAAACUGUGGAUAAGGUGAAUGUAAUAUAUGAAACCCCUGCCAAGUGUUGAAGGAGACUUUUAAUUUAUUUGAUUACUUUUAUUUGUUUCGGUUUUUGUUGUUGUUGAUGUUUUUGUGAAGUGCUUUGUAAUGAAGAACUUGUCUAAUGACUGAUGAAAGUCCAACUCGAGUAUCAGGCCUAGUUGUGUGAACAAGCACCUGUUAGCGAGUAUUUCUCAACCCUAAACAAACAGAGAGGAUGAUUUAACAGGAGAAACUAUUUUAUUAAAGUAAAAGUAACAACCGAGGUCAAAGUAUAUUUUUAUGAAUAUUCUACAUUAUUUAUAGAGAUUUUUAUUGAAAUAAUAUAUCCUAAGUUUCUCACAGGGUAUGUUUCGCUCUCUAUGAAAGUCACACUGUCCCCAUAUUUCUGUUUGAUGGUCCAAAAAACACUUGGGAAUAUGAUUUAUUCUGUUGCUCAAGGUCGCUAGCAGAGAAGCCAGUGACACGUAACACACUGCCUGCCAAUGACCAGAUGUGGAAAAACCCUUGGUUUUGUUACUCUCAUGGUCCAUUGAAAUAUGCUAUAUGAACUCUGUUUUAAUUUAUUUUUUUUUUGUCUGCAAGUAAAGUCACAACAAGAGCUACUGUGGUACAUGAAGUUAAUUUUAAGCAUAAUUUCUAUUUUUUUUAACCUUUUAAAUCCUGUCGUAAUGCUUAAUAAUUGGUUGUACUGGUGCAACUCAGCAGUAAGGGAUUUAUAAUGACUACAAUAAUCUCUUUCAAAAAAUAAAAAUGAGUCAGAUUUUCAGACUUUUUGGUACUCUGUUAUACUGAGCACACUUAGUGAGUAAACCUUUAUUCAUAAUCUCUUCUUUUUUCUUUAGAUUACCGAGACUCUUUUGAACUGGAACUUUUCAAUAAAUAUUUUAUAAUUUUACUAUACUAUAAUUGUACUCCGAGGAUUCUUGAUCACAGACCAUUUAUUGUUCAACAUCUAUAGUACUACAGCAGUAUUUUGAUUCAAAGUUUAGAAUUAAAAUGUGUUGAUAUUGUAAAACUUUCAAUAUCAUUAUCAGCAUUUGGUUUGUGGACUGAUUUGUAAUGUGUUCAGCUUGUGAUAUUUAUUUUAUGGAGCAGUGUUAAUGUGGACCUGAGGCUAAAUAUUUAUAAAGCAUUCUUAAUAAAAUACGGCUUCUGUGUUGUGACAGUAUGUGAACAUAAUGGUGGCCUUCUAAGCUGCCCCAAAUGAACGGCUGUAAAUUGCAUUGCAUUUAAUUAUUUCCAGUGUUUUAAGAAUUAUAUUUUUAUGUAAAGACUAUUUUGGGGGGCGGUUGUUCUGUAUAUAUGUAGUUUGUCCUUUCAGGAAAGUUAUUGCAUUUUGUAUAAAGAACACUGUAAGUUGUCUUUCAAAUAAAAAUGUAUAAU